CACCAUUCCUGCUAUUCUUUUUUUUGUUUCUCUUCUCUCCUUCUUCUCUUCUCUUCUCCUCUGUUAUCUCUCCCACCGAAAAAGUCAGCGCCUUCUCUGACUCUCCCUCUUCUUGAUGGCGAGAAUAACGCCUGUACUGAUCUAGCUGAGCACGAAUCCCAAAGCUAGUUUCAGUGGUGAGAUGGAAGAGAGCGACAACGACUGGGACCUGUUUGCAGUUGUGAGGAGCUGCCGGCGAACUCAACCUCCUGCGCCGACAAGGGAUGCCUUCUCGUUCUUUUGUUCUCCGUUUCCUCCGGAGGUUCCCUCCGUGUUUCCCUCCCCCGUGAAGGAAGAGGUGGUUCUUGGAUGUGGAACUUGUUUCCCGGAUCUUGCUGGGGGUUCUUCUAGAGAUGGAGCACUGCUUGAAGAGCUUUGUAAGCCUUUCUUCCCAAAGCCUAUUCUGCAACACCAUCCGAUCCCUUCUCCUUCUCCUUCUCCGGCCCAGAUACGGCCCAGGAUGGCCCAGAUCCCUCGGUCCAAAAGAAGAAAGAACCAGCAAAAGAGGGUGGUAUGCCAUGUUCCGGCUGAUGGUUUAGCUUCUGAUAUGUGGGCUUGGAGGAAGUACGGCCAGAAACCCAUCAAAGGGUCACCUUAUCCCCGGGGUUACUACAGAUGCAGUAGUUCAAAGGGAUGCCAAGCAAGAAAGCAGGUGGAGAGGAGCAGGGAAGACCCGGGCGUGCUCAUAAUCACGUACACAGGAGAGCACAACCACCCAGUGCCCACCCAUCGGAACUCACUCGCAGGUAGCACUCGCUCCAAGCUCUCACCAGCCGCCGGUGCUGGCGCUGGUGGUGAUGCGGCACCGGUAUCACCACCAACAUCAGUGGUUGGGCACUCGCCGACGACCCCGAUAACUUCAUCGAUGGAGGAGGAAACGGAACUCUUGGUGGAGGAUAUGGAGGUUAUGGGUGAUGAUGAUUUGGUGUUCAUGGGGUUGAAUGAGGUGGUGGACGGCGGUGAUAUGGCGGCGGAGGAUGAUGAAGUUUCUAGGUUUUUCCAGGAUCAGAGCUUUCCGCCGCCGUUGCCUUGGUUGGGUAAUGAUCCAAACAACAACACCGCUUUCCAGGAUCAGAGCUUUCCGCCGCCGCUUCCUUGGUUUGGUAAUGAUCCAAACAACAACAGUAAUAACAACACCGCCACCGCCACCGCCGCCGCCGGCGGGGUGUGACCGUAAGGAGAUUAGGGGGGCGUUGAAUCUUUGUCCUUUCUAACAAUUUCAGUGUUUUUG